UAAAAUUUAUUUCCAAUAUUAGUUUAAUAAUGUCAUUGUCUCUUACCGUCCACCAUUCCUUUCAAAUUGCUCUAUAUAAUCACCCUCUUAGCCAUCCUCAGUGUUUCCAUCCCCUGUUUCAGCCAUGGAUUCCCUCACUUGCACGGCCUCUGACCUCGUCCCCCUCCUCUCCUCCUCCGCCAAUGCAACCGCCCUCGCCUCCUUCCUUUGCGCCCGUUUCUCCACCAUCUCCAGCCAACUCUCUGACGCCACUCACGCCGUUGACAACACUUACCUUCUCUUCUCCGCUUACCUAGUCUUCGCCAUGCAACUCGGCUUUGCCAUGCUUUGUGCUGGCUCUGUCAGAGCUAAGAACACCAUGAACAUCAUGUUGACUAACGUCCUUGACGCUGCAGCCGGUGCUCUUUCUUAUUACCUCUUUGGUUUUGCCUUUGCCUUUGGUGCCCCUUCUAAUGGUUUCAUUGGACGUCAUUUCUUUGGUCUUAAAGCAUACCCUUCACCCGAUGGUGAUUAUAGUUUUUUUCUUUAUCAAUGGGCUUUUGCUAUAGCUGCUGCUGGGAUCACUAGUGGGUCCAUAGCUGAAAGAACCCAAUUCGUAGCUUACCUUAUUUACUCUUCCUUUUUAACCGGCUUUGUUUACCCUGUUGUUUCACAUUGGUUUUGGUCUGGAGAUGGGUGGGCCAGCCCGAUCCGACCCAAUAACCUUUUAUUCGAUUCGGGUGCGAUUGACUUUGCCGGUUCAGGUGUGGUUCACAUGGUUGGUGGCAUUGCCGGGUUAUGGGGUGCAUUAAUCGAGGGUCCAAGGAUUGGCCGAUUCGAUCGAGCUGGUCGAUCUGUGGCGUUACGUGGGCACAGUGCCUCAUUAGUAGUGCUCGGGACAUUUCUAUUGUGGCUCGGGUGGUACGGGUUCAACCCAGGUUCAUUCUUGACCAUCAUGAAAGGGUAUGGUGGUGGUGGAGGUUAUUAUGGACAAUGGAGUGCCAUAGGGAGGACAGCUGUCACGACGACAUUGGCCGGGUGCACAGCUGCUCUUACAACCUUGUUUAGCAAGAGACUAUUAGUUGGCCAUUGGAAUGUAAUUGAUGUGUGCAAUGGUUUAUUAGGAGGCUUUGCUGCAAUUACCUCAGGGUGUUCAGUAGUGGAACCAUGGGCUGCAAUCAUAUGUGGCUUUGUAGCAGCAUGGGUUCUAAUUGGAUUCAACAUGCUUGCAGCCGAGUUCAAGUACGAUGACCCACUAGAAGCAGCCCAAUUACAUGGAGGAUGCGGCGCGUGGGGUUUACUCUUCACCGGGUUGUUUGCGACAAAGGCCUACGUCAACGAGGUGUAUCCGGGGCUGUCAGGGAGGCCAUAUGGGAUGUUCAUGGGCGGUGGAGGGAAGCUGUUAGGGGCUCAAAUCAUUCAGAUAUUGGUCAUAACAGGGUGGGUGACGGCCACAAUGGGGCCACUGUUUUAUGUGCUAAAAAAGAUGAAUUUGUUAAGGAUUUCAAGAGAGGAUGAAACAGCAGGGAUGGACUUGACUAGGCAUGGGGGAUUUGCUUAUGUGUACCAUGAUGAAGAGGAUAUUUCAAUGAGACCAGCUUUCGUGAUGACCAAAAUUGAACCCAACAAUGCAAGUCCUUCAACAGAUGGUCAACGAUCACCCUCAAAUGUAUGAUCAAAGUUUGCUUUCUCCUUGUAAUUCUCAACAUCUAUAUGUGUUUAAAAAGAGAUUGUAAAAUAAUAAUUUAACAUAGGGAAACUUGGAUAGGAAAAUGUUUAAUUAUAGUUGGUAUUAGGAUUACUUUUUAUUUAAUUUACAUGUCACAUUGUAAAUAUUUACUAUUUAGUUCAUGAAAGAUAUUUAUCUAUAGACACAAUUUACUAUAA